AAACUGAUUACGAAUCACGAAUGAUGGGUCAUCUACGUGAAGUUAGUUACUUCUACGAUUCAAGAAGACCAACUAAUGAUGAAAUGCGUAUAGUAAAAUAUAACAAUGCUUUUUAUAUUGACCCUAGUAAAAGUGAACGAGUCAGAAAAUUAUUUCAAUACGCAGAAACAGUGGUUACUAUCAUUGAUGAGAACCCAAAGGCAACUAUUCAAAAACUUCGAAAAAAUAACACAUGUUUUGUUAAAAGAUCUGAAACUACCAAGGCACUGGGUACAAUUGUACAAAGUAUUAAAAAUUUUCUACAGGUGGCAAAGAUAGUUAAUAAAUCACCAGAUGAAUUGAAUACUAUGUUAUCAUUAUCUACCCUAUCUGAUCAA